CUUAGUAGCACCUCAUUCAAAGGGUUCCUUAACCAUUAGGCUCAUGUUUUGUUCAUGCUGUCUUCAAACACAUCAAACGAAAAGCCACCAAAAACAAAAACUACCAAAAAAAAAACCCAAAACAGCCAAAAAAUGACACCAUGCACAGUAAUUCAGCAGCGCCAGUCACCUUGUGCUGCCUGCAGACUGGAACAGAAUGGAAUUUGAAACGUUUUAGCCAAAAAUGUUGCCAUGCUAAAGAUGUUUUUUGCAGAAACGUUUCAGAUUUCGUUGCGUUCUCCGACUUCGGGAGGAAGCAGGAGAUGGCAUGUGCUGUGGGCCGAUGGGCAGCGCAGGCACCGUGGGGGCCCCGGGUGAAGCCCUCUUAUGAGGUAAGCCCCAGCUCAUCCACCCUCUUUCACCCCCACCCUCUACUGCCGAGCGCCCAACGUUAUAUCCAGCUGAACAGCGAAGGGAUGUCACAGGUGCUCCUGCUUCAGAGCCUGUUCAUACUCUGCUCCUUCACCCAGGUAUCCUCAGCUUCGUUCAUGAAGAAUUUAGUGACGAGAUGGAUGAUGUAUAAAGAUGAAUGUCUCCAAAAUAACAGCAGAGAAUCACCAGUCACAGGUCUUGUGUGCAACCGGACGUUUAAUAAGUACGCCUGCUGGCCAGAUGGGUUGCCCAACACCACGGUGAGCGUACCCUGCCCCUGGUACCUGCCCUGGUACAGAACAGUCCAGCAAGGCCUGGUGUAUUUGGACUGUGACGCUGGGGGACAGUGGGCGAAGCAGUCGAACGCCAGCGAGUGUGAGCUAAAUGACCCGGUCCAGAAGGACAUGCAGUACUACGGGAAGGUCCUGGGUCAGUUCCGCACCAUGUACACUGUAGGUUACUCUCUUUCACUGGGGGCACUGGUCUUGGCACUGGGCAUCCUGGUGGCCUUCAGGAAGCUUCACUGUAUGAGGAACAACAUCCACAUGAACCUGUUUGCUUCCUUCAUCCUGCGAGCCUCGUCCAUCCUCAUCAAAGACGUGCUGCUGGAUCGGCCUCACCUCAACAUUGACCCGGAUAUCACCACGGACCUGGACAUGGAGCAGCUCAUGAAGAAUGAAACUGCCAUCGGGUGCCGGGUUGCCAUGGUGAUGAUGCAGUAUAGUGUCAUAGCUAACAGCUACUGGCUGUUGGUAGAAGGCAUCUACCUGCACAACCUGCUGGCUGUGACCUUCCUAACCGAGGGGAACCACCUCGGCGUGUACCUGUGCAUUGGCUGGGGAGCACCGCUCAUCUUUGUCCUGCCCUGGAUCAUUGUGAAAUACCUGUAUGAGAAUGAGAACUGCUGGGAGCAGAACUUAAACAUGGAGUACUGGUGGAUUAUUCGCUCUUCCAUCUUGCUGGCGGUGCUGAUCAAUUUCUUGAUCUUCAUACACAUCAUUAAGAUCCUCAUGUCCAAGCUGAGGGCACACCAAAUGAGAUACUCCGACUACAAGCUACGGCUGGCGAAGUCCACCCUCACACUCAUCCCCCUGCUCGGUAGCCACCUGGUCCUGUUCUCCUUCGUCACCGACGAGUCUACCUCAAACGGCGCCAACUCCCUGCGCCUGACCAAGCUCUUCAUCGACCUCUUCUUCAGCUCAUUCCAGGGGCUGCUUGUCGCCAUCCUGUACUGCUUUGUCAACAAAGAGGUGCAGUCUGAGAUCGUGAAGCGGUGGAAGCGCUGGAAGCUUGGGAAGGACAUUGAGGAGGAAUACCGACACACCUACAGCAACACAGUCCACGUGCCUACUAGCGUGCUUGUGCAUCACGCUCCUGCAAAGUCAGAUGUCACCCACAUGACCUCUGCACUCCCCUGCCCCGAGGAGAAAAACCUGCUGCGCCUCAGCUGCCAGAACGGCACAGGGAUCCGGGAGAAGGGCUGCCUGCAGUCCAUCUCCCCGCCACAAGAGGGCGCCCAAGUGGAGGAGCCUACGCUGGGUCACAAUGAGAGCAACCUGUGAGCGAGAGUUACGUGUGCGUUGCAGACACGCUCGUCUCCCUCACUCUGGCCCGGCGGCCUUGAGCCAGCUGUCCGAGCGGCAAGGAGACAUGUGCGUGUGUGUGUGUGUGUGUGUGUGUGUGU